GCGCGCUUCCACGUCUAGAGAUACUGAGUCCGUCCUAUAAACAUCAACUUAAGCUCCAGAGGAAUGCCUCAAAGCGUGACAUCCUCAUCUGCGAAGCUGUCUGGCAGCAGCGCUUUUUCUCGACGUUAUCGCACACGAGCCCUUGCCUCUCAUGUGGACGAGACCCUCUUCGGAACCCCCAAACAAGUAGCUCACUUGGCUGUUGAUAAAGUCGAUCCUGAUGGUGGCAGCGCAAGGUCAAGGUCACACUCAGCUCCUGCCAUCAAAGAGCCAAAAUCAGAGACACUACGCAUCAUCACUAAAGACCUCAUCAGGGACCUCAGAAUCCCUAGAAAGGACCCAUCGGGUCAGACUGUCAUCCUCUCCUCCACUGACUUCAAGCGAAUCUUGGUGGAGUCUCAUGUACCUAGUGAAGAGGAAAAGGCAGCUGUGUUGGAGGCCCAGCGCAAAGCCCGUGAGGAAGCCAUGGAUUCUGCAGAGCAGAGAAAGGCACAGAUGCGCCAGGCAGACUUGUCUCGGCAAAAGAACCAGAAACUAAGUGAUCUAGAGGCAGAAGCGAGGGACCGUGCUCAGUACCUGCUGGAACGGGCCAACACCCUGAGAAUGGAACAAGAGGAUGAAGUUAAGAAGCUCAAUGAGUUGAUCCAGGAAGUGCAGUGCCAUGUAGUGCGGGAUACUCAGAUUCAGGAAAAGCAGCAGAAUCUUGCAGAGUUGCUGGAGGAGGAAAAGAGACUGGAUGCCAUGAUGGAGGUGGAACGGCGUCGAGCCUUGGAAGCCCAGGAGCAAAUUGAACAGCUACACAAAGAGCAGAAGAUUCAGGGAAAGCUGUGCAUCCUGGACCAGAUCCAGAUGCGUCUGGAGGAGAAAAUGCUACAGUAUGAGGUUAAGGAGCAGGAAAGUCAACAAAUGUUGGAGAACAUGGAAAGGAUGCAGAUGGAGGAGCUUAAGGCCAUUGAAAGGAAGAAAGAGGAGCAGAAGAUGCUGCUGCAGGAGAUUCAGAAGAUAAAUGAAGAGAAUCUGCUUGCUAGGGAGAAAAGAAAGGAGGAGGAGAGAUUAGCAGAUUUACGUGCUGUAGAAUAUACACGCAAGAAAUUGGAGCGAGAGGCAGAGUAUGAAGUGGAGCAGAUUCGAAUAAAGAAAGAAAAAGAGAAAGAGGUGGCACGACUGAGAGCUCUUCAGGAAAGGGACAGAGACCACAAGGCUGAGCAGGAUGAGAUCAGGGCACGGAGGAACCAGGAAGCAGCUGCGAGGGAAUGGAGAAGAAAAGAGAAAGAGGAGGUAAAGAAAAUGUUGGAGGAGGAAGAGAGGCUGAAGGCUGCUCGUUUGGAGCAAGUGACUCAUAAGGAACACAUGCUGUCCAUUGAGGCUGGCCGGGAGAGAGCAGAGUUUGACAGGGUCCUGAGGGCACAGCAGGAGCUAAUUAAGAAAGAGCAAGAAAAAGAGGAGCGGCACUAUCAGCAAAUCCACAGGCAUGCUGAGGCCGUGAGGCAGCAGGUACGGGAGAGAGAGUUGCAGGCUGUUGCCCAGCGGAGAGAGCUAUUCCGUGAGGGAGAGCGGCUGGAAGAGGAGGCGCGCAAUCGUAGAGCCCGACUGGAUGAGAUUAAAGAAAAGAAGCUGAGGGAACUAAAGGCAGCUGGGCUCUCAGAGAAGUACUGCAAGGAAGUGGAGCGCAAGGUCAGAGCCCUCCCUCCUCUUUUGCACUGAGUUGCAACAGAAGUGGAGAACAUUCUCCUAAAAGUUCACCAAAUAAACACCAAAUGACAAAUAAGAUAACAAGAACAUGGCUGUAUAAAGAAGUUUUUGUUCUCAUAUUUAUGUGUUAUUAAUUUAGUUAAAUGUUUGCAUAAUGUGACGGUUGGUAGUUUGACCAGUUUUGCCCUUAGGGAUUUGUGGAAGAGAUAGCAUCAUCACACAUGCCAAAGCAUAUUAUAAAUUUGACAUAAGAUGCAAAAUACACAUAUUGACACAAGUAUGGUUUCCUGUAUUUAGUUGGCUUUCAUACUUCCAUUGCUGACUCUGCAGGACUUUUAAAUGGAUACUAAAAAGCAGAUGUUGUGUAAAACUCAGCAUUGUUUUUGUUUUUCUAUUUAGUGCAGGUUCAUUAUUAUUUGUAUUAAGCUAUUAUUUGUUUGUAUUUGUACUUUCUAUUGGCACCAGCACAGAUAAGUUGCAUUAAGCCUCAGGUCAUUUCAAAUAAAUAUAAUCACUUC